UGCAAUUUAGCCCAGAAGUCUAGCUUGCCAUGCAGCGAUCCGGGCCAGAGCGAGGUUACUUCUCCCAGGGACAGGAGUUCUGGAAACACAGGGCCAUGGAUGCUUUCAACAGAAAUAUGGUGGGCUCUGGGCGCAAGAUCCAAGCCAGAGUUCAGAAUGGACCCCUGGAUCUCAUAGAGACUGGCAAAGGGCUGAAGGUGCAGACAGACAAGCCGCACCUGGUGAGCCUGGGCAGUGGGCGAUUGAGCACUGCCAUCACUCUUCUGCCACUGGAGGAAGGAAGGACAGUGAUUGGUUCUGCUACCAAGGAUAUCUCACUACAGGGCCCUGGCCUAGCCCCUGAGCACUGCUACAUUGAGAACCUACGAGGGACCCUCACCCUGUACCCCUGUGGCAAUGCCUGCACCAUCGAUGGGCUCCCCAUCCAUCAGCCCACCCGCCUCACCCAGGGCUGCAUGCUGUGCCUGGGUCAAUCCACUUUCCUCCGAUUUAACCACCCAGCAGAAGCCAAGUGGAUGAAAAGUAUGAUCCCAUCAGGAGGUAGGGGCCCUGGAGCACCCUAUACCCCUGCUCUAGCUGAGUCAGAGAGCCUGGUGAAUGGGAACCACCCCCCGCAGCCCCCCAGCCGGGGUCAUGCUGCUUGUGCGAGCCACAGCUCCUUGGUGAGCUCCAUUGAGAAGGACCUACAGGACAUCAUGGACUCCCUGGUGUUGGAGGAGCCGGGAGCACCUGGCAAGAAGGUCCCUGCAAGCUCCCCGCUCUCCAAUGGUGGGCGCUACACACUCUCACCGCCUAUUAGCCCAGGGGCCAUGUCUGUGGGCUCCAGCUAUGAGAACACCUCUCCCCCCUUUUCUCCUCUCUCCUCACCUGCCAGUAGCGGCAGCUGUGCCAGCCACUCACCCGGAGGGCAGGAACCAAGCCCGGCCAUUCCUCCCCUGGUCCCUGCUCGCUCCUCAAGCUACCAUCUGGCCUUACAGCCCCCGCAGAUCCGCCCCGGUGGUGCCCGCCCGGCAGAGAGCCCCCGACUGAGCCGGAAAGCGAUCCAUGAAGGGCCUCCAAGCCCAGGGCGGCGAGGUCUGCUGACUGACAGCCCUGCUGCUACAGUGCUGGCAGAGGCCCGAAAAGCCACCGAGAACCCUCGGCUUGGGGUGUCGCUACCUGUUGUGGCCAUCAGCCUGAGCGAAUACCCAGAUGGCGGAGCACGAAGCCAAUCCACCGGCAUUCCUGGCAGCCCCAAGUUUCAGCCUCCCAUCCCUGCCCCCCGGAGCAAGGCCAGCACCCUCCAAGAGCGGCCACCUAGCCCCUUCCGGGAGGUGCCAGCCACUGAGCGAGUCCUGACAGCCAGCCCCUCCCGACAGCUGGUGGGCAGAACCUUCUCAGAUGGGAUGGGGACCCGCACCCUGCAGCCGCCAGAGAGUCCACGCCUGGGCCGGCGGGGAGGCCCAGAGAGCAUGCGUGAACUCCCGCCCCUAAGCCCAUCCCUUUCCCGGCGGGUCUCCCCACUGUCUCCUAUGUCUGCCCGGGCCACUCCGGACCCUAAGCUGACCAGGGAGAUGGCGGAGAGUCCCAGAACUCGCCGCUGGGCAGCACACGCGGCCUCCUCUGAAGACUUCACCCUUACCUUGGGAGGGAGGGGCCGUCGGACUAGGAGCCCCUCCCCCACACUUGGAGACUCGGUGGUGCCUCGAAAGAGCAGCUUCGGGGGUGGAUUAAGCCCUGCCUACAGCCUUGGCUCCUUAACGGGGGCCUCGCCCAGACAGAGUCCUCGGGCACAGAGGAAGCUCUCCAGUGGGGAGCUUCGGGUGCCAGCGCCCCGGGAGAGAAAGAACAGCAUCACCGAAAUCAGUGACAACGAGGACGACUUGCUGGAGUACCACCGGCGUCAGAGGCAGGAGCGGCUUCGUGAGCAGGAGAUGGAGCGGCUGGAACGUCAACGUCUGGAGACCAUCCUGAACUUGUGUGCUGAGUACAGCCGGGCAGAUGGGGGCUCUGAGGUAGGAGAGCUGCCUAGCAUUGGCGAAGCUGCCAUGGCAUUGGCACUGGCAGGCAGAAGACCCUCUAGGAGCAUCUCCGGACGUGGCACUGAGGAGCCUGGUGGGACCACCCAGAGGCUCUGGGAGAGUGUGGAGCGCUCUGAUGAGGAGAAUCUGAAGGAAGAGUGUAGCAGUACUGAGAGCACCCAGCAAGAGCAUGAAGAUGCUCCAGGCACCAAGCUUCAGGGUGAGGUGUUGGCUCUGGAGGAGGAGCGGGCAAAGGCACUUGGUCGGGUGGAACAACUCAAGGGCAGAGUGAAGGAACUGGAGCACCAGCUCCAGGAAUCGACAAGAGAGGCUGAGAUGGAGCGGGCACUGCUUCAGGGGGAGCGGGAGGCAGAACGAGCACUGCUGCAGAAGGAGCAGAAAGCUGUGGACCAGGUGCAGGAGAAGUUGCUGGUGCUGGAGACGGGCAUGCAGAAGGAGAGGGACAAGGAAGCUGAGGCUUUGGAGACAGAGACAAAACUCUUUGAAGACUUGGAAUUCCAGCAGCUGGAGAAGGAAAGCCGCCUGGAGGAAGAGCGGGAGCUGGCGAGCCAGGGAUUGCUCCACAGCAGGGCAGAGCUACAUCGGAGCAUUGCCAAGAGAAAGGAGCGCCUAGCGGUGCUGGAGACCCAGGCUACUCAGAUCCGGGCCCAGGCUGUCCAGGAAUCUGAGCGAUUGGCUCGAGAGAAGAACUCUUCCCUGCAGCUGCUGCAGAAGGAGAAGGAGAAAUUGGCAGCACUGGAGAGGCGAUACCAGGCACUCACAGGGGGGAGGCCUUUUCCUAAGACAACGUCAGCACUCAAAGAGGAUGAUCUGCAUAUCUCUGAGUCCUCAGAGCUGGGGCUGGAGACUGAGGCUCUGGGCUCCUUCCCCAGGCCAUCCCCACCCGGGGCCGCCGCCGGCCCCCUAACCCCACCUGCCUCCACCCAGCUCUGCCCCAAGAUGCAAGAGAUGGAGAAGCUGUUACUUCCUGCCCUAGACUUAGAGCAGUGGUACCAGGAGCUCAUGGCAGGGCUCGGGGCUGGCCCAUCUGCCUCCCCGCGCUCCUCCCCUCCACCUCUGCCCGUCAAAGCAUCCCGACAGCUGCAGGUUUACCGUUCCAAGAUGGAGAGUGAAGCUGGCAGUCCCCUGCCUCGUACCCGCAGCGGGCCCAUCCCCUCGUCCUCUGGUUCAUCAUCCUCAUCCUCUCAGCUCAGCGUUGCUACCCUGGGCCGAAGCCCCUCCCCUAAGAGUGCCCUCCUUACCCAGAAUGGCACCGGGAGCCUGCCCCGUAACCUGGCAGCCACGCUCCAGGACAUCGAGACCAAGAGGCAGCUGGCCCUGCAGCAGAAGGGGCAGCAGGUGAUUGAGGAGCAGAGGCGGCGGCUGGCCGAGCUCAAACAGAAGGCCGCGGCAGAGGCCCAGUGCCAGUGGGAGGCCUUGCACGGGGCGGCCCUCUACCCCCCGGCCUCCGCGGGCUUCCCCCCUCUCAUGCACCACUCCAUCCUGCAUCACCUGCCGGCCAGCCGGGAUCGGGCAGAGGAGGGGGAGCACGCCUACGACACGCUGAGCCUGGAGAGCUCGGACAGCAUGGAGACCAGCAUCUCCACCGGGGGCAACUCGGCCUGCUCUCCGGACAACAUGUCCAGUGCCAGCGGAAUGGACAUGGGGAAGAUUGAGGAGAUGGAGAAGAUGCUCAAGGAAGCCCAUGCUGAGAAGAGUCGGCUCAUAGAAUCUAGGGAACGGGAGAUGGAGCUACGGCGGCAGGCCCUGGAGGAGGAGCGGAGGAGGCGGGAGCAGGUGGAAAGGCAGCUCCAGAGUGAGAGUGCCCGGAGGCAGCAGCUGGUGGAGAAGGAGGUCAAGAUGAGGGAAAAGCACUUUUCCCAGGCGAGGCCCCUCACCCGAUACCUGCCCAUCCGGAAGGAGGACUUUGACCUGAAGACGCACAUCGAAUCCUCGGGCCACGGGGUAGACACCUGCUUGCACGUGGUGCUGAGCAGCAAGGUCUGCCGGGGCUAUCUGGUCAAGAUGGGGGGCAAGAUAAAGUCCUGGAAGAAGCGUUGGUUUGUCUUUGACCGGCUCAAGCGCACCCUCUCCUACUACGCCGACAAGCAUGAGACGAAGCUCAAGGGGGUCAUCUAUUUCCAGGCCAUCGAGGAGGUCUACUACGACCACCUUCGAAGUGCUGCCAAGAGUCCCAAUCCAGCCCUCACCUUCUGCGUCAAGACCCAUGACAGGCUGUACUACAUGGUAGCGCCUUCCCCGGAGGCCAUGCGCAUCUGGAUGGAUGUCAUCGUCACUGGUGCUGAGGGCUAUACCCAGUUCAUGAAUUGACCCGGAGGUGAUGGGGUCAUCCCCUGUGGUCCUCUCCAGAAGGGAAGAGUCCCAACCAGCCAUCUGCCCCUCCUCAGCCCACCCCACAGCUCCGUGUUCGAGGGGAGGCUUCUAGAAAUCCCCAGGGAGGGGAGAGCUUGAAUCUGAAGGUUUUUAUAAGACACUUGGUUAACCUCCAACAAGCUUCUCACCCCUUCAAGAUUCAGGGCUGUGGGCUUCCCGGGUGCCGGCUAGGAGGGGAAGUAGGGGUGUGGGGGUGUCCUCCUUGGGUCUCCGGCACUUGCCGUCGCCCCUCAGGAGCCCUCCCAGGAACAGAUCGGGCUGAGGGCCAUGGAGAUGGGCCUGUGCUGGCUGGCACCUGGGACCGAAGAGGCUCUGAGCUUGGGGUGAGGGUCCCUGUGUCUCCCUGGCCCCUUUUCUCGUUUGGAAAGGAUAAGCUUAAGGUACCAGAAUCUGCCAAAGAUCCCCUCUUCAUCUCAGCCCCCUUCCCAGGGGCCUUGAGGGCUGAGCGCAGCCACAUCCUGGAGGAAGUAAAAGGGGCAGGGGCUCUAGUUCCCAAGACCCCCUGGUCUCUCUCCUCUCCCUUCCCCAGCUUAUUUUUUAUGAUUUUUGUUCACGACAGAGGAAGUGGUACCAUUUCUGUGGUCACAGCCCCAUCUCCAGCAAUUCAGAGCCAUGCUUAUUCCAUAGUUGUGUCCCUCCACCCCAUUCCCAGCAUUGCUUUCUCCUCAACCCCCAUGGCUCUGGGCCCCUCUUUUGGGCCGUACCCCCUAGUCUUCCCAAGGCUCCUUGCUCAUGGUUUCUUUACUCUAAGGCCCUUGGACAUCUCACACUGGGGAGAGGGGACCUGACCACCCUUUCUCUCUCCCCUACUCCAUUCUCUUACCACCAGGCCCCAAUGCACUAGCCCUGCCUGGCCCUAGGUCUGGGCCCCUUCCCCCUCCGCUCGUGCCUUGACUAGAGCCAGAGGUUGCCAGGGUCUAGGGGUAUGGAGACCCAAAAAGGAGGCACAGGGGCUGGGGUAAGUCAUGAAGCAUGUCUUGGGGCACAUCCUUGCCCUAGGAAGGUUCUGUCUCUUUAGAUUGUUUUCCUAGGAGGAGAGGAGUUCAUUAAUGCCCAUCCUCACCCCCACUUCUAGGAAGAGAAAAGCAGCCCCCAAGGUGGAAAGAACCAGUGAGGGGGGGAUGAACUGUGCACCCCCACCCCCUCACCAGCUGUCUGUUCCUACCCAUGUUGGCCUCAGGAAUGUGGCAGGGAAUACCAGGCUCCCACCCAUGCUGGUCCUAGCCCUUUAGGCCUUAACACUAAUCCCCUUCUCCUGUCCAGAUCUUCUUCCCUUCCUGCCUUUCUUCCCCAUGUGCUUGAGGCCCGAGUUGCCUGGGUGCAGGCUGGGGUUGAUUGAUGGGUUUUUCCCCAGUAUUUGUAAGCAGUUCAGCAAAAAUAAUAAACCAUUUGAAAUAA